AUGCUUAGUUAUGUAGAUUAUAGUAAUAAUAUUCCAGUUGAAGUUUUGGGAUUAUUGAAAUUGCCUUACCUAUUCAGACCUUCCUUGGUAAAAACAAGAACUUCUAAAAAAUGGAAACCGUCAUCUCAGGAGCAGGCUGAUGGAUUUAUAUGCAACAUUACUGUGAUGGCAGAUUUGGAAACUAUGCUGGUCAAACGCAAAGAAAAACUUCGCUCAUAUGGAUUGACUUGUCAACCUUUGAUCAUAACCGUUGGAGACCCAACAUCUUUUUCUGCAAUUUACGUCAUCGUUAAUGAAGUUAAGUACGCUGCGAGUAAUUUAAUCGGCGCAGUUGAUAUGUGUUUCAAGGUACACUAUGCUCUAAAUGCAAAGUACUCCCCAGAAUCUGAGACAGUUUGGGUUUUCUUGCAAAAAUUUUUUUACGGCAUCAAAGGAUGCAAGCACUUUGUUACUGUUGAAGUUGUCUGGUCAGAUAUCCUGAUACAUCAGAAGUCGAACGUAGAAGACAGCAGCGCUGAUGAAUGAUUCUAUAAUUUUCUUAACUGUCGACAGUACUUUAUCUUGGUACAUCAAUUCGUUUGACACUAGUUCAUCCAGUUCAACUUCUUUCGCGAUAGAAGUAGAUUGGAGUAAACUUUAUUACUCAUCUCGUCCAAGACAGCGCAUUGGUGCUAAUUCAAGUUGUUAUAGUGGGAGCUACGGAGCUUCAAAAGAGAAGUCUUCGUAGAUACAUAAAUUGUAAUAACAAGAAACAGUCUGACCUGGAGGGAGAGACUCACCCGUCUGGUGAUAUCUCUGUGCCCAUAAUUUGAUUUCGGCCUACAAUUCAAAAAUUUUGAGGUUUUCAGGUUUUCCUAACUACGGUUCAAAACUUGAAUUACUUGUUUUUCUUUAAUAUGCAAAUGACUAUGGGUUGAUGUUAAAUUUAUGUUCUUUGUCUAUAUUUCUGUGCCUUUCUCUAUUGUUCUUUGUUUUCCCUAUCAUUGGCUGUACAUUAUCACUGAUAUUGUCCAGUUCAACGUGCGUUUUCAUCAGAAGUCGAACUAACAAG